UUCACUCGCUCUUUCUUAGCGCCGUUUUAGCUCAAACAACGAUGGUAGAAGAAGCUCCAGCACCGGCCAGCUCGGCCCCCGCCAAGGCUCCUAAAAAGAAGACCGCGGCCAAACCCAAGAAAGCGGGUCCCAGCGUCGGCGAGCUGAUCGUCAAAGCUGUUUCCGCUUCCAAGGAGAGGAGCGGCGUGUCCCUGGCCGCCCUGAAGAAAGCUCUGUCUGCAGGUGGAUACGACGUGGAGAAGAACAACUCCCGCGUCAAACUCGCCGUCAAAAGCCUGGUGACCAAGGGCAUCCUGGUGCAGACCAAGGGCACCGGCGCCUCAGGAUCUUUCAAGCUCAACAAGAAGCAGACCGAGGCGAAGAAGCCCGCGGCCAAAAAAGCCGCCGCUCCUAAAGUGAAAAAGGCCGCAAAGAAACCCGCCGCUAAGAAGUCCCCCAAGAAGGUCAAGAAACCCGCUGCUGCCGCUAAGAAAGCCACCAAGAGCCCCAAGAAGGCUAAGAAGCCGGCGACCCCCAAGAAGGCAGCCAAAAGUCCUAAAAAAUCCAAGGCAGCCAAACCCAAGACCGCUAAGCCCAAAGCGACCAAGAAAACCGUUCCCAAGCCCGCCGGCAAAGGAGGCAAGAAGCGCAGAAAGUCCAGGAAGGAGAGCUACGCUAUUUACGUGUACAAGGUCCUGAAACAGGUCCACCCUGAUACCGGGAUCUCCUCCAAGGCUAUGGGCAUCAUGAACUCCUUCGUCAACGACAUUUUCGAGCGUAUCGCUGGUGAGUCCUCUCGUCUGGCUCACUACAACAAGCGCUCCACCAUUACCUCCAGGGAGAUCCAGACCGCCGUGCGCCUGCUGCUUCCCGGUGAGCUGGCCAAGCACGCCGUGUCCGAGGGUACCAAGGCCGUCACCAAGUAUACCAGCUCCAAGUAAAGCGCCUUAGUCGCUCUGGCAAACCAACGGUUCUUUUAAGAGCCACCCAUCUUAUCAAGAUAAGAGAAUUUUCUUCUUUUUAAAUAUUAGAUCUGAAUAUGUCAUACACAUUAUCUAGGUAGCCUCACAUGUUUAUAAUACUAAAUAAAAAGAUUUUUUUUAAUUAAUAUAUUACUCUUUUUGGGCCCUGCUGUUUUUCACGGGUUGUCCACGACUGUCACUAUGUGGUGAGUUUAGGAGAUUACACACAAUAAAAUAUCACUACUCUUAAAAAAGUUAUUAUAAUACACUCAGAGCCGUAGAGAGAGAGUUGCUACACUCCUUGAUCUCGCCAAACAAACCCGGUGCUGUUAAAAUAAAAAAAACGAUAACUAACACUAACUGUAUUAGGCGUUUACAAAACUAACGAGAACGUACUAAAAUUAUAGAUAGAAUAGCCUUCGUUUUCGUGUUCAUCAUUUUAUUUAUGAACAUUGUGAACUGAUAUGAAAUCGAUGUUUUCCACUCGAGCAGUUUUAGGUGAGCUGCCGGCACCGUACUGUACCUCAUGCGGUCUUUCCCAAUCCGCUCCCUCCUCACUAACACUCCACUACAGAGGGACCCUCCACGUGAACGCGCAAACGGAGGCGGAGUGAAGAGGGGGAGUGAGUAGGGAGCGGAUUGAGAUUGGGGGGAUUGGGCUCCCGGACGGCACUUCAUGUUUACAUUCCGUUUCUGCUCACCACGCUAGCCUGCUAAAUGACCACAGCAAAAGGCUGCAGCACCUUCCAGAAAAGCUGGGAUGGUAAAGCAUUUACCACUUUGUAAUGUUGCCAUUCCGUCUCAACACAAAGAUGUUUUGGCACCUUGAAUAUCUAGCAAUGAAGUGUUCUGGUGUAUUUUGUGCCAUUGUUCCUGAAAACUGAAGUCUUAAGGUGUGCAACAGUACACGGUUGUUGUCAUAGUCACUUCUUACAAAAUUUUCCACACGUUCUCUCUGGUAGGCCGGUCCAAUACUUGGCUCUCUUCUUCCACAGCCAUGCCUUUGUAAUGUCUGCCGGCUGGGAUAACUGAGGUUUAGCACAUAGGUCAAGCCAAGGAAGGCAGCACAAGCUAUAGCAUUAUCUUUUAAUCCUGUGAUGACAUGCGCUCCCUCAAUAAUAAUCAUGAUGUCCUUUGGUGUGUCACCUGCAGAAGCUCUCAUGUUCAUCAUCACAACUACUGCCAAUGAGGGCUGGUCCACUUCUAAACCUUCAGGUUCCUGCAACAUCAAUUAUUAUGGUGUGAAAAGGGUCAAAAGUAAUUUGUUAAUACUUUAAUUUGUCUUGUCAAAACAUGCAGUUAAUAAACAUUACAUUUUUGGA